AUUUGUCCUACGUCACGAUCUCAAUGAUCGCGAUACUUUCUGUUAGCGGCACAGCGAUGGCGUCUGCGACCAAGAUCAUUCAGAGACUCAGAAACUAUUUAUCGGGGCAAAAUCUUCAGGCGAAGCUUCAGUUGCGUUAUGCUGAGAUUUCCAAAAGGACUCAGCCCGCACCCAGACUUCCGGUCGGACCCAGUCACAAGUUCGCCUUUAACUACUACUGCCAAAGAGACGGCAGGAGGGAGGCGGUGCCGCCCACUGUAGUCAUGUCAUCUCAAAAGGCUCUGGAAGCUGGAGGACAAGUCCCAGCUGUAUCAGCAAAGCAUCCAGUUGUGCCUGGACAUGCCAAGGACCUUGAAUUGUCUAAAGACCAGCCGUAUCUUUGAAGAAAGACUGGCUGUCUUCUUUCCCUUACUUUCUUUGUCACCAUUUCUGUAAAUACCAUGAAUAAAACACAACAU